UAAUAUAUCCCUAUUUACCACCACAUACGAUGGCUCAAGCCAACAACGAUAUUUCUCUUCGUAUUAUAGAAGACGAAGAAGAAGAGAACCGAGCCUAUGCCACCCAAUUAUUAACCUCCCUUUCACUACCCAUGACUAUGCAGGCAGCCAUCGAUCUCAACGUAUUUGAGAUCAUAUCUAAGGCCGGUCAUGGCGUGAUGCUCUCCCCUUUAGAGAUUGUAUCUGAAAUCCCUUGUAAGAAUCCUAUUGCACACGUCAUGCUUGAACGAAUACUCAAGCUUCUCACUAGCUUCAAUGUUUUGACAACAACUACCACCAAUGGCGAGCCACGAUAUGGAUUGGCUCCUGUGGCGAAAUAUUUUGUGAAGAACGAAGAAGGAGUUUCCUUUGCACCAUUCAUGACAGCCUUUCAUGACAAGGUCAUGGUUGGAAGCUGGUAUCACUUGAAAAAAUCUGUGGUGGAAGGAGGGGUAGCCUUCCAUUGGGAAAAUGGGAAAAACCCAUUCGAUUACCAAGGUGUUGAUCCAAGGUACAAUGACGUGUUCAAUCGAGCCAUGUUGAACCAUACAAAUAUGAUGAUCAAAGAGUUGCUAUUGACUUAUCGAGGCUUUCACAAAGACAUGGAAAGCAUGACACUGGUGGAUGUGGGCGGCGGCCUAGGCCAUACCCUCAACUCAAUUAUUUCAAUUUAUCCCAAGAUCAAGGGCAUUAACUUUGACCUACCACACGUUAUUUGUCACGCUCCUCGUUAUCUCGGUGUGACACACAUUGAAGGAAAUAUGUUUGACAGCGUCCCAAAGGGCGAUGUAAUUUUCAUGAAGUGGAUACUUCACGAUUGGAAUGAUGAAGAUUGUUUGAAGUUGCUCAAGAAUUGUUACAAGGCGUUGCCUUCUAAAGGAAAAGUGAUAGUGGUCGAAUGUGUAGUUCCAGAUGUGGUCGAUAACAAAACAAGCGUGAAGAGCAUUUAUCAACUUGACAUGACUAUGCUAAUAAUGACUCCCGGAGGAAAGGAACGAACCCUUGAGCAAUUUCACAUCCUAGCCACCCAAGCUGGCUUUGCUGGGAUCAAAUUGGAAUGCAAUGCCUUUACCUACUGGAUUAUGGAAAUUUAUAAAUAGAACUAACGAGGAAUAAAAUUGGUGUCAAGCUUGAACGAAUUCCUAAAUAAGAUCCGCCUUAACCUAUUAUCGAC